AUGGUGAAUAUUAUGCAAAGAAAUCUUCAGAAUAACUGGACAAGUCUUCAUUUGGCUUGUCAUUUAGGACUGGCAACAAUAGUCAAAUCACUUUUAAAUUGUAACACAUCCAAUAAAUUCAUAAGAACAAAUGAACUAUAUCAGUUAAUAUGUAUGCAAACAACUGGAAUUGAAUCAACCAGUCAGGGUACAGCUUUACAUUUGGCGGUUUAUUCCAAAAAUAUAGAAACAGUAAACCAACUAUUACAUGACGUUGAACUAAUAAGUAAAUGUUAUGAAAGUCAGUUCAUUAAAAAUGGGAAGCAACCUAAAGAAGAAUUGAAUUCUAAGGGGAAGUUAUUUGACGAAUUCUGUGUACUGACAGAUAAAAAUGGAAAUACGGCACUACAUUGUGCAGUAAUGGAUAAACUUUACGAUAUUGUGAAUUCAAUCUGUAAAUAUCAUAAUAAAUCAAUUCGUUUACCGAAUAAACAUGGAUAUACAUGUAUUUAUUUAGCUAAAAAUAUAUUAAAAGAUAUAAAAAUGUUAUCAUUAUUAAUUAAAUAUUCAAAUUUAUCAAUAAAUUCAUAUAAUUCAGGACAAUAUUUAUUUAAACAAAACAAUUUAAUAAAAAAUACAAGAAUUUCAAAUUUAAAUCAAUUAAAUAAAAAUAAUAUAAAGAAAUCACAUUCUAAUUUAAUUAAAAAAUCGGAAAAUAAUAUUAGUAAUAAUAGUAAUAAAAAGAAGAAUAAACAAAAGAAAUUUAAAAAUCCAUUGAAUCAUUUAACAAUUGAUCAGUUAAAUAAGAAUUUAAAUUUCAAUUAUGGGUUUACUACUACUACUAAUAAUAAUAAUGGUAGUAGUAGUAAGAAAUGUUAUACAUAUUCAUAUAAUGAUGAAGAUUAUCAUUCUGUUCGUACAUUAUCUACAAAAUUUUCAUAUUUAUCAAUGAAAGAGAAUAAUAAAAAGUAUUAUUAUAGACCAUUUAGUGGAUUAUCUGGUAAUCGUGUAGACUUAAAUGAACGUGAAUUAAAUAGAAAUUCCCGUUCAAGUAUUGAACAAAAUUAUAUUAAGAAUAUCUAUGAUGUACAAAAUAAAAAUAAUUCAAUACAAUAUAACGGCUCAAAUGAACCAUGUAUUGCUAGUUGUAAAAAUAAUGCUCCUUUCGCUACUACGCUACAAGAUAGCCUGAUGUUACAGCCUGAAAAUAUUGAUCAACUGGCUCAUCAGCAGAAAAAAGGGUCUGGGGACAAAAAUAUUUGUCAAUUAGCUACUAAUAACAUUAGUAAUAUUACCAAUAAAACGGAAAUGGAUGCACUUACCACUGUCACAACAACAACAACAACAACAACAACAACAACAACUACUACUACUACUACUACUACUACUACUAAUAAUAAUAAUAAUAAUAAUAAUAAUAAUAAUAAUAACAAUAAUAAUAAUGAAGAUGAUUCUGACGAUUAUUACAAGAUGAACAGUACAAGAAAAGGUAUCUGUUUAAUCAUUAAUAACAUGAUGUUUUGGCACUCGGAUUUUCAGAAUCGUUCUGGCUGUGAUAUUGAUGAGAAGAGUUUAGAAAAUGUUUUCGGAUCAUUUAACUUCCUGGUGAAAUUACUUCGUAAUCUAUCAGCUGGUGAAAUACAAGCUCAACUGGAACACUUAGGAAAGAAAACAGAUCAUCAUGAAUAUGAUUGUUUAGUAAUAUGCCUUAUGUCACAUGGAACUAUUGGUCGUAUAUAUGGAGUUGAUGGAAAUUCUUUAUCAAUACAUGAAUUAACUUCCAUAUUUACAGCUGAUAAUUGCCCUUCUCUAGCUGGUAAACCAAAAUUAUUCUUUAUUCAAGCAUGUCGUGGUGAAGACUAUCAAAAAGGCUAUGUUAUACAGAAACAAUCAAAUGAAACUACUCAAACUAAAAAUGAUCUAACUGAUCAAAAGGAUGUUGAUGUUGAUAAUUUCAUUCAGCAUCAGUCAUCCAAUUUAAAUCUAAGACUAUCUGUUUCUGAUGCGAAAUUUAUCGGUUUCAAAUUAGACAAUUUACUCCAUAAUUCUAUACCACUUCAUCGAUUGAACAAUGUACAGUUAAUUCCCACCUAUGCUGACUUCUUACUAAGUUAUGCAACUGUUGCAGGUUUCCGUGCACAAAGAGAUCCAACCGGUGGUACUGUUUAUAUUCAGGCAUUAUGUAAACGAUUAUAUAACGGAUUAAAAAAUGAAAGUAUUCUUGAUAUAGUUACAGCUGUACACCGUGAAGUUAGUAAACAGCUGUAUCAAGAGACAUCUUGUCAGUUAAUGAAAACAAAUGGUGAAUUAUUUCUUCAAAUUCCAGAAGUUAGACAUACACUAACAAAGAAAGUUUGUUUUAAACGAUAAAACAUGG